GGAAGGUCACUGGCAGCUGGUUUCAGCAAGAGAGAAGACCCCUUCUUUUGCUUCUUCUUUGCCAUUGUGAACACGGUCCUCCAGGAAUGCAAUGCUGAACUGACACCACUGCCGCUUUCCUCUCGCAUUGGCCAAACGUGAAGGGUGUCUGAGAGAAGAGGAGGGGUAUCCAGUUACCUUGCUAUAAGGUCUUGCAGUAUCCUGUCCACCCCCUGCUCUUGCCGCAGCCAGCCCUUGCUCAGGGAACAAGAGGGAUCUGAAUUUCCCAUCUUCAGGUGAAACACAGAAUCUGUUAUCAUGUCUGAGGAAGAAGUUGAGUAUGAGGAGGAGCAGCAGGAAGAAGAGGAACAACCUGAAGAAGAAGUGGCUGAAGAACCUGAGCCAGCUCCUGAGCCAGAGGAAGAGCGACCCAAACCAAGGCCAGUGGUUCCACAGUUGGCUCCUCCGAAAAUCCCAGAGGGAGAGAGAGUAGAUUUCGAUGACAUCCAUCGCAAGCGUAUGGAAAAGGACCUACUGGAGUUGCAGACCCUCAUUGAUGUUCACUUUGAGCAGAGGAAAAAGGAAGAGGAAGAACUUGUUGGUCUCAUGUCAAGGAUUGAGCACCGACGGGCAGAAAGGGCUGAACAACAGCGGGUCCGCACUGAGAAAGAACGGGAGCGACAAGCCAAACUUGCAGAAGAGAAGAUGAGGAAGGAGGAAGAAGAGGCUAAGAAGAGAGCUGAAGAUGAUGCCAAGAAGAAGAAAGUGCUCUCCAACAUGGGCGCUCAUUUUGGUGGAUACCUUGUCAAGGCUGAGCAAAAGCGGGGCAAGAGGCAGACGGGGCGUGAAAUGAAGAUCCGGAUCUUAUCUGAGCGAAGGAAGCCUCUGAACAUAGAUAAUAUGAAUGAGCAACAGCUGAGGGACAAAGCCAAGGAACUGCAUGACUGGAUUCACCAGCUUGAGUCAGAGAAAUUUGACCUGAUGGAGAAGCUCCAAGGUCAGAAGUAUGAGAUCAAUGUCCUUUACAACCGGAUCAGCCACGCUCAGAAAUUCAAAAAAGGUGCCGGAAAAGCCAGACUUGGCGGACGCUGGAAGUAAAAAACUAAAGAAGCCAGAUCUGGAAGCUUCAUUGGCAGGACAAAAAAAACAGCUAUUGACUCCAUCGCAUUGCUUGCCUUUGUCUAGUUUUAUUCCGAAAUUGACCACUCUGCCCACUUCUCCUCCACUUCUUGUCAUGUGUGCCUGUAACAUAUUGCAUGUUAUAAACCACACACAAUAAACCAACUUCUCUCUUCUGUGUAA